AUGACGUGCUGUUAUUGUUCAGUUGUCGCGUCAUGGCUUCGAUGUUUGGUGCUGUGUGGAGGUGGGCGACCGAGCAACAACACGCGCUGGAGCAGGUUUCGAGCUCACGACUUGUUUUUCGCUCUGCUCGUCGUUGCUGCUGUUGUGACUGACGUCGCUGCUCAAGACUCACUUGGCGUUCCGACGCAACGGACCUCGGAGAACUCGUCCAUUGCUGGGUCACAGCUACUGACGUGGUGGGGCGAACGCGGCGACGUGGACCAUGCGUUGGCUCAACUGGGUGGCGUUCAAUCGUGCCCCGAAGACGUGAAUGUCCGUGUGGAUGCUGAGGUCGUCGACGAGAAGAUGCUGAGCUUUUGCUCUCAGGAGACCGCCGGGUACGACAUCAUGGGACUAUUGCAGCCUUCAGAAACGCUAUUGGCGCCGAUAAUGGAGCAGACAUCGGACGUGUGUCGGUCCGAGGCAUGCACGGCGUGGCUGAGUCAAGCAGCAAAUUCCUCGUGGUUGCCUGAAUGCAGCUAUCGUCGGUCGCAAGCGAGUCUUCGAUCGCUGGCAGAAACGCUGCUUCGUGUUUGUAAAGACCUGAUGAAUGCGGACAUGGACAACGUCGUUGUGCCUCCGACUGCGAGCUCGUUUCAACAACUGUACAAGCUGAACGUGCUUGCUAAUAUGGUGACUACGAAGAAGGGGGUCCGGGACGAAGGGAGCUCGCCAGUUUUGCAGAUUACGAGGCAGAUGGCGGCACUAGACGAAUCCCGGGUAGUCGGUUCAGACGUCGUUUUACUGUCAGGGGCCGCUGGAGAGCGUCCGAUGAGCGUCAGCAUUCUUGGCAAUGCGAAUCGCACUGGCACUUUGGCAAGGUCUCGCAGUGCUAGUGGCUUUGAUGCGGCUCGCAACUCUUCCAAUUUCGCGAUUCCCAACGGCUCAAGUGACUGGAACAGUUUGCGAAACACGUCGUUCGGUGUUGCAUCCAGCUGGAACGAUUCCGCCGAUUUCACGAGCAGCGCCGCCGGUCCACACGCGUCGUCGACCACCACGACCACGGACCUCAGGCUGUCAUACGCUUGCGUCGUUGGCGCAUGGGUCCUAUUUAAUGGCAGCUACUAUUUUCUCAUGCGAAGAAAAUGA